UCCGACUAUCUGCCGUUUAAAGCUCCGGAAAUGUUGACCAAGCAUGUCAUGUUGCUGGCACUUGUGGCGCUCGUGCUGGGGAAUGCCCCAUACGUUCAGGCCGACAACAAAGAGUGCGAAGUGUGUGUCAAGGUGAUCGAUGACUUAAAGGCGACGUACGCACAGCUUCAGGAGGAGAACCCCAAGGGAAAGACGCAGGCGUUGGCUGAGAAGGCUGUAACCAAACUUUGUGGCAAGAAGCUCAGCACGAAGGAUAACAAGCUGUGCUACAACCUGGAGCCGCUGAAGAAGGAUGUGGCUCGCCAGGUUACGUUCAAGAAGGAUACACUCAAGAUCUGCAAGUCUCUUGAAAAGAAGAAUCCCGACUUCUGCUCAAUGCGAUACCCCGUCAAGACGGAUGCUAACACAGACUACUCUAAGAUGCGCGUGAAGCAGCUGCGGAAGAUCCUGGCAGAGCGCGGCGUUGAGUGCGUCGGCUGCGUCGAGAAGUCCGAUUUCAUCGCCAAGAUCAAGGACACCGAGUCGUUGCACACGGAACUGUAGACAAUUGAGGCACAGCGUGUUAAGUCGAGCAAAGCUUUUUGCACAGCCCGCGCGUAAUGCCUUUUGAAUCAAUAAAAAGCCAUCAAACUACCCAA